AGAAUAAUAGAUAACAUAAACAGCAAGACGGCAGCGGAACGCAUAGAAAUUAAAAAUAUUGAAAGUCAUCACAACUAAACAUAAAUUCCAAACAAAAAAUUCAUAAAAAAGGGUUGGCAGUGUUAGUCAUAGCCUAAUAGUUUUAUAUUUAACCAGGAGCAAGAACAUUCAAAGAACCAGAAUACGCUCACCUCUUCGUUGCUCUCACCAUCUCAGUGGUCUCUCAUUUUGGUUCGUUGACAAAUUUGUUUUUAGUUAAAUUUGGUUCGGAAAAACAAAAAAAAAAAUAAAAAAAAAUUUUACAUUGAGAAAAAUGAGCAGCACGCUGGCAUUGUCCCAGCAUAAAGAUGAGGCAGCAGCUCCGCUGCCGACGCCGCCAACGCUGUCAGUUUCAGGUGGUUCAGUCACGGGAAUGGAUCUAGAGGAUCCUCGAAAUAACGGUUUUUGGCUGUGGAAAUGGUUGUGUAACUGGACAUCCACCUCACCCAUCAUGCUAAGAAAUGUGGAAAAGAAGAUUUUGUCCUAUCUAAAGUUACCGUAUCGCGGUUUCUUUGUGGACAUUGGGCCAGCUGUGGGUGAAGCGGACAAAGUAUGGACCAUUAGCAUGAAUACGGAGUCGCCGGAAGUUCCACUAGUGCUGCUCCAUGGCCUCGGCGCCGGCAUUGCGCUGUGGGUAAUGAAUCUGGACUCUUUUGCCAAGGAACGACCCGUCUAUGCAAUGGAUAUAUUGGGUUUUGGUCGCAGUUCCCGGCCGUAUUUUGCCAAAGAGGCCUUAAUCUGCGAAAAACAAUUUGUGAAAUCUGUGGAAGAGUGGCGCAAAGAAAUGAAUAUCAAUGAUAUGAUAUUGCUGGGUCAUUCCAUGGGCGGUUUCAUUGCAUCCAGCUAUGCGUUGAGCUAUCCGGAGCGAGUGAAACAUCUGAUAUUGGCUGAUCCUUGGGGUUUUCCAGAGAAACCAACGGAUUCAUCGAAUGGAAAACAGAUUCCCCUGUGGGUGCGAGCCAUAGCCAGGGUAUUAACGCCCUUAAAUCCAUUAUGGGCCCUGCGUGCUGCCGGACCAUUUGGCCAGUGGGUGGUGCAGAAAUCGAGACCAGAUAUAAUGCGUAAAUUCCAGAAUACCAUCGAGGAUGAUAUCAACCUGCUACCACAAUAUAUCCAUCAGUGUAAUGCUCAGUCACCGAGCGGAGAGUCUGCAUUCCACUCCAUGAUGCAAUCAUUUGGAUGGGCCAAAAAUCCCAUGAUUCAUCGCAUCAAAGAUGUACGCGCCGAUAUACCAAUUACCUUUAUCUAUGGCUCCCGUUCCUGGAUAGACUCCUCGUCGGGUGACGUAAUCAAAUCCCAAAGAGGCAGUCACAUGGUUGACUUAAAAAUCGUUACCGGCGCCGGCCAUCAUGUCUACGCGGAUAAACCAGAUGUCUUCAAUCGCUAUGUAAAUGAGACAUGUAAUUUGUACAAGGGGAAGGAAAUUAAAUCGAGUCCUGCAACGAUACCGUUAGUCCUGCCCCAGCGUUUGAUACGUGAGGCCACCGAAUCUGAUGAGGAUGAGGUGGAUCGGGAACCAAAUCCAAGUACAGCUGCCGAAGGCAUCGAAAUAGCAACCACCACCACCGACACCAGCAGUACCAGCAGCAGGAGAGGAUCAGCAGCUACAACCCAGGCUGAAGCAGCUGAUCUGGAUGCCAAUGUCAAGCCGAAAUGAGGAAGUCCGAUUAGUAGUGUCUUUGAACUAGUAUUAAAUGGUUUUCUUAUCUGUAAUAGAAUUAUAAUAAUAAUAAAAAAAAAAAAACAACAAAAAGU